AGAACUUUUUCAAAAAGAUGAAGCCACUUUCUAACUUAGAAGAUAUUAAAGAAAACAGCCAAAAAAUUUUUCUUCAGCAAUGUGAAAAUGAAAAAUUCCCAGGCUGGAAGAAGCAGAUCGGUUCAGACGAAGACAAUGGCUUGUUUUGUGCAGGUCGUAAGGACUAUCUGAAGAAACCCAUAAAAGCUGCUAAUACAAUGACUGAGAAACACAAAAGAAAUUACUUAGAGGUGGCAAAAGAAAGAGAUAAUCGGGAAAAAGAAAUCGUAUAUGGAAUAGAAGCGGAAGAAGUAAAUGAUAUAGAGUCUGAGUCGGAAGAUGAGAACAAAAUUUAUAAUCCUCUGAAAUUGCUUCUUGGAUGGGAUGGUAAACCAAUUCCAUACUUACUCUAUAAACUACACGGACUUGGGGUCGAAUAUCCAUGCGAAAUAUGUUUACAGGGGCAGAAAAGCUUUUGA